AUGAGAACCACUAGAAAUAGUAAUAAAGCUACCCCAAACUACUCCACCGACCCUACUAAUGAUCCCCCAAUCAUUGAAACCCCGGUUUCUUGGGGCUCUUCAUUGGAUGUUGGCGCAACAUCUGAAACCCCGAUCCCGAUAGCAAACAUAAACAAACAAGCUAAAGAUCAAGAUUCCGAUGAAGAAAUUACUGAUGCAGCCGACAAUACUAUUAAUAGUACUGUUGAAACCUUUUUAACUGCUUCAGAAGAUCCUGAAGCGGACCAAAACAUGGAUUCCAACGCCAUUUCUACCCCAACUACCUCUCCAGCAAUUAAUGUUUCUUCAGUUGAUUGCGAUCGCAAUUCUCAUGCAGCAUGUGACACUGACAUUGACAUGCAUAAUCCUGUUACUCCAACCCAAGCCGUUAUUUCUACUGAUUUUAUUAAUGAAAACUCCGAAAACCAAAAAAAAAUCGAAAAUUCUCAAAACCCAAAAAAAAAUUCUGUUUCUGUUCCUUCUGUUCCUGUUCCCUCUGUUUCAUCUUCUACUGUCGCCUCUCCAACUACGGCCUCCAAUCCGGUGGCUCCAGCUGUCAAUAUGGCAAGACCAAUCCAAACCUAUGCUCAAGCCACCGCUGGAGACAAGCGCACACCUCGAGCCACUACAAACACCAAUGAUCCAUCCUUCCAAAACGUGUUGAUGAAAUUUGAAAGAACUUUCAAAUGGGCAAGUCACAUCAAAAUCCUUGACUUUAAGCACCGCGACGUAUUGGAAUAUGCCAUAAGCGAGAAACGCAAAUCAGGAAAAUUGUUCUCCACCUCCAAUCCUGCUAUUAUUAAAUCCAAAGAAAAACGCGAGGAACUCGUCAAGAUCAUGGAAAUUGAAGAUUUCUUCCAAAACUACACCAGUUUUAAUAUGACAAACGAAUUCAACAGAUUGAGAAACUCUAGAAUCAGCUUGGAGAACUACUUGGAAUUUAUCAUGAGCCAACAGCAUCUUAAGGAUAUCUUAAUCUACUUUAAGAUCCCAAAAGAUAUCUUUACAGAGUUUCCUCUUGAAAAACACUUGGAAUCCAUCAAAAACGGACUCACUAAGUUAUCCAAAGAACUUGAUACUAUUACACAGUCAUCCAACGAACCAGAUAAGGAUUUGAUCAUAAUCAGGGAAAACUUAAAAGGGGCCCUCAACCACUUGUUACAGUUGGAAAUUAUACCUACACGCCAGGGUCUUUGUUAA